UUUUCAGAUGAGUGCGUUGGAUAUUCGAAAGGAACAGUAUCAAGAAGCUCUUCAAAAUCGCGUUAUGAACGAGUUCGUUCGUAUCAUAAAUUUGCCUACCUCACAAAAGAAGGAUUUUAACAUUGUUCUGGAUGAGCUCCUGGUCAUACUAGGUUAUGAUAAGGAACGUGAGCACGAUUAUCAGCCUUUGUCCUGGCCGAGACCGGCCGGAGUGGGAGCCGUGUAUUACGCUAUACAAGCAAAAAUGACCUACAAUUUCUGGCAAUUUUUUUGUAAGAGUGGAAAAAACCGCUUGAACGAAUACAAUGCGGCACAUGGUACCAAGAUAGUCUUCAUUCAAGAGAAAAGCAUGAAGCAAACCGAUCAGAAUAAGCUCUGUCUGUACCUAAGGAACAAGAUCAAGGAUCGAUAUGCUGCUGUAAACAAAAGGCCUAUUGAUAUCAAAAUACGUAAGGCGAAGAUUGAAAUUGGAAGCUUCGGUGCAUUUGACCCUGUAAUAUUGGCUCGAAGGUUGGAAUGGGAUUAUAGCGAUUGGGCUGGUCUACCAUUUGAUGAAAUUCUGGACUUGAAAAUCAAAAAAGAUGAGGAGGCUGGGAACUUGCAUAUUGGUAAAUUAACACUACCUGGGUUGGAAGAAAAAGAGAAAGAAAAUGUUCAACCUUCAUGUUCUUAUUCCGAAACUGUGGUCCGUGGAGUGAAAAGGUCAAAAGACAAUGUGGAACCGUGCCAAAAGAAACGCAAGGAUUAAUUCGACUUGGACUUGAUCUAAAUUUUGUUUUUGUGUGUCAUUUUCAACCGGU